AUGAAAGAAGCCGUGAUUGACAAGACCGUUGCCGUCAACAUCCGGGACGUGGGCAUCCCCACCCCCAAACCAGGCCAAGUGCUCAUUCGAGUCGUUGUAUCUGGUACAAACCCCAAGGACUGGAAGCUACCUAAGUGGCAGCCCGACAAUGCCAUCAACCAAGGCGAUGAUAUCGCCGGAUAUGUCGAACAAGUUGGCGAUGGCGUCCAAAAGUUCCGCAAGGGUGACAAAGUGGCCGCGUUCCACGAAAUGAUGAGCCCACAUGGCAGCUAUGCCGAGUAUGCCAUUGCGUGGGAGCACACUACUUUCCACCUGAGUGAGAAGACCAGCUUCGAAGAGGCCGCCACUAUCCCCCUAGCAGCGAUGACCGCUGCUCUGGGUCUGUAUCAAGAACUGAAAUUGCCUUUGCCCUGGAGUCCCGCGGAAAAGCCUACACCGCUAGUGGUGUACGGCGGAGCGUCAGCAGUGGGGGCAUUUGCUAUCAAGUUCGCACAGUUGUCAAACAUCCAUCCGAUCAUCGCAGUUGCCGGUAAAGGCGCACCAUUCGUGGAAACUCUCAUAAGCAAAGAAAAGGGCGACACGAUUAUCGACUAUCGCGAAGGCGACGAGGCAGUGCGUUCCAAGAUCAGGGCCGCCGCGAAGGGACCAAUUCAUCAUGCCUAUGAUGCGGUUUCCGAAAAGGGGAGCUAUGUGAAUCUCGGUGCGGCGCUCGAUGCGCCUGGUCGGAUUACCGUUGUCCUGCCCGCCGAGGCGGAUACGACUCCCGAAGGAAUCUCGAUUCACCGCACAAUGGUCGGGUCAGUGCAUAUGCCACCUGCUGAAGGCCAGACUCUCGGUGAUAAGGAGUUCGGAGCUGCCUUUUUCCAAUUUAUCGGAAGGGGUCUCGCGCAGGGCUGGUUCACCGGUCAUCCCUCAGAGGUGCGAAAGGGUGGAUUAGGCGGCCUGGAAGGAGCCCUGAAAGAUCUGGAGGCCGGCAAAGCAUCUGCAGUGAAGUAUGUAGUGAGAAUUGCGGAUACCGAAGGCGUACAGUAG